UCCAGCGUUCAAAGAUGGUAAAAGACAGUCUUUAUUUCUCAUGUAAACGUUGGCGAUCGGUCACGCAGAGCUCUUAUAAAUACGAGGAAGCUGUGAAGACCCUAAAUUCUCUGCAGACAAGUGCAGCAUUACUUCAGGAGUACAGAAAGAAAGGUUCACGAACUCAUUCUGAACAGAGACAGAACAUUGAAGACACGAAAAAGUAUUUAAUAAGGUCUGGUGUGACUUUGGAACAGCUAGAUACGCUUAGAGCAAUCCAUGUGGCUGGUACAAAGGGGAAGGGGUCUGUUUGUGCCUUUUGUGAUUCGCUGCUCAGGCAGUAUGGGCUUAAAACUGGCUUCUUCUCAUCGCCUCAUCUGGUGGCGGUGCGGGAGAGGAUUAGAAUUAAUGGAAAGCCCCUCAGUCAAGAGGACUUUACACAGCACUUCUGGAAUGUCUAUAAUAAACUGCAUCUCCAGAAGGAAAGUGAUACUGAUAUGCCACCCUACUUCAAAUUCCUGACAAUAAUGGCAUUUAAUGUGUUCCUACAUGAAAAGGUGGAUGUAGCAAUUGUUGAAGUCGGUAUAGGUGGUGAAUAUGAUUGUACUAAUGUUUUAAGGAAGGUCCAAGCAGUAGGUAUUACUUCUCUUGGUCUUGAUCAUACAAGCCUGUUGGGAGAUACUCUGGAGAAGAUUGCUUGGCAAAAGGCAGGAAUUAUGAAAGAAGGUGCGGUUGCUGUGACGGUGCCUGGGCAACCACACGAAACCAUAAGGGUAUUGCAGGCGCGGGCAGAGGAGAAGCGGUGUCCACUGUUCGAAGCACCUCCACUGGAAGCAUACAAUUGGCCAUGUGGUAGGGUGCCAGACCUGAGUGUGGAUGUGCAAAAGCUUAAUGCCUCCCUUGCCUUGCAGCUGACAGCAAUCUGUCUGGGAAUGGUUACCAAACCACCAGCCACAGCCAUCCUGCAGUCAACAAUGCUGCCAGUCGCUCCAACGUUUGCCAUCUCCUGCAGCACCGAGCGGGGUCUAACGCAGUGUCAGUGGCCGGGCAGGAUGCAGGUGCUGAGGGUGCCCCCUAUCACCUUCUUCCUGGACGGAGCCCACACAGCUGAAAGCAUGGCUCUCUGCUCCCAGUGGUUCCGAAAUGUUUCACCCAAGGAGCCAGAUUAUGAUGCAUCAAAGCGAGUUCUGAUUUUCAAUGCAACUGGUGAUAGAGAUGCAGUGCAACUGUUGGCACCAUUAACAGAGUGCAACUUUGAUUUGUGUGUAUUCUGCCCCAAUCUUGUCUGCAAAACAGUAGAUUCAUCAUCAGACCAAGCUAAUUUGAUGACUACACUGGCACAGCAACUGGAGCGCUGCGAUCACAACUGCGAGGCGUGGCUCUCACUGUGCACGACAGGUGUGUGCCGGCUGGACUGCAUGCAGGACGCGCUGUCCCAUGUGAGGACUCUGGGUCCGUGCCACGUGCUGGUCACGGGAUCCCUGCACCUGGUAGGGGCUGCACUCAGCCUACUGGACCCAGAGGAGCAGCUGCUGCAGUCCCGACAGUGAUGUAGCGGCAUCUGAGGAAGUAGGAGGCUGUAUGUGUAUACUCAGAACAGGAUAAAGCUUUGUACAAUGCAAUGGAUCGUGAAGGCAUAUCUUGAUACGGUUAUUUUCAAGAACUCGUAGUAUGGAAUACUGCAAGUUAUGCUUCUGACAGAAAUGUUGUCUCUAAUAGGCACAUGUUGAUAACAUUUGCCUUGCUGCUGAAAAUAAAAACAUUCCAUUUGUGUUGUGUUUAAGUAG